AGUUCCAACAGAUUAUGUCAAAGUUCAGCUUUUACAGACAUGACACAGUUGAUGUUUUUACAUAGCGAGCUACUGUUUGCUGCUUGUGUGCUCUCCUCUCUGCCGCUACACGUCUACAUAUGCCACUUAGCCGCGUGAAAAAAACAUUCGCGCAAAGGAUUUCUAGUCGAUCCUAAUCUACCGGGUGGUAUGGCCGUGAACCCCGUUUCAACCUGGUGCACGGAGAAGACCGAACCGGUUGAAGAGCCAUCCGAAAAAAAUGUGCAGCAAGUGGAGUGCGCAGUUUGUGGCGACAAGUCCUCUGGAAAGCAUUAUGGAGUGUUUACCUGUGAGGGAUGCAAGUCAUUUUUCAAGCGCAGCGUUCGCCGUAACCUCAGCUACACUUGUCGAGCAUCGCGGAAUUGCCCCAUUGAUCAGCAUCAUCGAAAUCAGUGUCAGUAUUGCCGGCUGCGAAAAUGCAUCAAGGUCGGCAUGAGACGCGAGGGUACGGCCGUCCAGCGAGGUCGCAUCCCUCCUACACCAGUGCCUCAGCCAAGUCCGCAGCACUCGGCGUUGAAUGGAGCUGAUGUUACAAAUGGCCACUCGUUCCUUUCUGGAUUUAUCAGCUUGCUGCUCAGAGCCGAACCAUAUCCCACGGCGCGAUUCCAACAGGGUCUAAACAUGCCUUGUGGGAUCAUGGGCAUCGAGAACAUCUGCGAAUUGGCAGCUCGUUUGCUCUUCAGCGCUGUGGAGUGGGCAAGAAAUAUCCCUUUCUUCCCGGAUUUGGCAGUCACCGAUCAAGUAGCGCUUCUGCGUUUGGUGUGGAGCGAAUUGUUUGUACUAAACGCUGCCCAGUGUCCAAUGCCCCUUCAAGUUGCUCCUCUGUUAGCCACUGCUGGUAUCCAUUCGAACCACAUGUCUCCUGAUAGAAUGGUGACAUUUAUGGAUAACGUAAGAAUCUUCCAAGAGCAGGUCGAGAAGUACCGUAAUCUCCAUGUAGAUGCUGCAGAAUUCGCGUGUCUCAAAGCUAUCGUCCUCUUUACAUCAGAUGCCUCCGGUCUGACAGAUCCGCAGUACAUCGAGAGUCUGCAGGAAAAGACACAAUGUGCAUUAGAGGAGUAUACAAGAAAUCAGUAUCCAAAUCAACCCACUCGCUUUGGCAAAUUGUUGUUGAGGUUACCAUCUUUACGAAGUAUCAACCCUUCCAUUGUCGAACAGCUUUUCUUUGUGCGUCUCGUGGGUAAAACGCCAAUUGAGACUCUGCUUAGAGAUAUGUUAUUGUCCGGAACGCCUACAAGCUGGCCUUAUCUUCCUUGUUCAUAAGUAGCGCGACAAGGAGACAAAUUGGCGUUUCUUGGCCCGGCCGCUGCGCCGUUCUUGCUGUUCUUUCAAAGAACACUAAACGUUUUCGUCUGUUCCAAAUUUCAAUGUCAGAAAAUUACGGGCUUUGAGCCUAAAAACCUUUAGUCACCUUCAUAGUUAGCGAAUUAUAAAGGAUAUUUGUUGUACUUUGAGAAACGUAUAGUAUUUUAUAAGUAUUUGCAGGGGACAGAGAAUGGAACUGUCGUUCCAGAGUGAAACUAAAAGGUAUGAUCUUUGAUAUAGCUACAGAGAGGUUCGAAGUAAACUAUGUUAUGUAAAUAACUUUUUCAAUUUUAGACGCCACGCGAGUCUUCUCGCCAAGGCUCGUGGUAAGACAGGUAAAAUAGACGUUGUAUAGAGGUUCUAUAGUUUCGUUUUUCUUACGUCGCCGUUCGACAGCGGCGUAGCUUAGCUAUUUGUUAAUGUAUUUUCUUCCUUCGAACUGUGAGUUCGCUGUGUGUCUGAUUUUGUUUUAUGAGUCAAGAAAUUGGCCAUGUUGCUGAGAGCAACAUCACCGACCUAGCAUUUUCUUUACUGCGUGUCCAAAACCUGAAUGUCCAAGACAUCAUCACUGAAAUUAUACAAAAUUAAAGAGAAUUUUAGGAGAAAAA